AAUUAGUUUUCCACUUAUAAUAUGAGAAAAUAUGUAGCGAGAAAAUAUGUAUUGGCGUGUGUGCAUGUACCAAUAAAUUAAAAAAUAAAUAACGAUUUGCUGUAGGUUGCCGAAACGCACCUAUUUCUUUAGAGGCAAGAUCAUUGACUGGAUGGAGUACUUCUAGACACUGCGUCGUCGCAAAAAUUUUAGAUAUCACACCAUCUUUCUUCCAAUCUAUUAAAAGUAAAGCUGGUGCAUUGGUAAUUGUUUUACCUGAAAGAAUGGAUGAGCUAAUGAUGGAACAAAAGCAGCACAUUAUGAAUUUAGAAGAGUCUAUGAUGUAUGGUUCUGAGACGAUGAUACCAGUAUACUUUGUAUUAUGGCAUUCAGAUCUUCAAACAAUCCUAGAUGAUAUUGCGGAAGGCUUUAUUACUGACGAAAAAGCUGGUUCAGCAGCAGAAGCCAUGUAUAAUUCAAUUUCCGCUAGUGGUUAUCAAGUAGUAGUAGCUUCUGGACAAGCGCUUCCUAAAACAGAUGUCAAAGUUGCUACUCUGCAUGGCAAAUUGACUGGUACUGGUGCUGAAGAAAAAUUACCUACAAUAGCGAUAGUGACACAUUAUGAUAGUGCUGGCAUAGCGCCUGAAUUAUCAUUUGGUGCAGACAGUAAUGCUUCUGGCAUAUCAAUGCUUCUAGAAAUAGCAAGACUGUUCUCUGCCUUAUAUUCUACCGGUCGAUCAAGACCACAAUACAAUCUUGUUUUCAUUAUAACUGGAGCUGGUAAAUUAAAUUAUCAAGGUAGCAAGAAAUGGUUAGAAGAUCAAUUGGAUGGUCUUGAAGGAUCUAUUAUACAGGACGCAGCUUAUGUUAUAUGCCUCGAUACACUUUCCGCAAGUGAUAAUUUAUACGUACAUGUAUCGAAACCGCCUAAAGAAAAUUCGUCUGGUGGUUUGUUUUACAAAGAACUUAAGGCUGUGUCACAGUCCUUAUAUGCUAUCAAUGUUGAAGGUGUUCAUAAAAAGAUAAAUCUUGCAGAAGAAAUAUUAGCUUGGGAACAUGAAAGAUACAGCAUUCGAAGAUUGCCAGCUGCGACUCUGUCUACAUUAAAGAGUCACGAAGAUCUAUCUAGAACUACUGUAUUAGAUGUUACUAGGGAAGGACAAGUAGAUAAAUUGUACAAACAUACUCAAGUUGUCUCUGAAGCAUUAGCGCGUCAUAUAUAUAAUUUGAGUUCUAAUCAAAUCUUUGCUGGUUCAUUGGAUGUUUCGAAGGAAUCGCUGUCUUUAUGGUUUAAUUAUUUUGCUUCUCAACCAAGAGCAGCAUCUCUACUAGCAGAUAAGCAUAAUUUACUAGUUGCUACCUUGAAAGAAGCGAUGGCGAGAUAUUUAGGAGAUGUUAAAAUCACAUUGCACACUCCUGACAAACGAGAUCCAGAAUUCGUUUUCUACGAUGUUGCAAAAGCAACUCUGAAUGUAUAUAGUGUAAAGCCGGCUGUGUUUGACCUCUUUCUUACAAUUGGCAUAAUUUUGUAUCUGGGGAUACUGUACAUAAUUGUGCAUAAUUUUCCACAUGCUUAUUCCUUAGCCAUAAGACUCUCCGCGAAAAGCAAAGUUGCUUAAAUUUUAUUUUAUAUUUAUAAAUAAGAAACUGAGUUCUAUUCAUUCGAAUAUGAAUUUUCAUUAAUAUUGAAUAACCGAUCUAUAUUAUAAGAAGAGUUUACCGGAAUUAUAUUAUAUAUAGAAAUGUAUAAUAAAUAAAAUAUAU